ACCUACCUAGAGCUAGCCGAGUCUGUGGAACUUACCUUUUACGCAAUGGAAAACGAAAUGUGGUAACUUCACUAAGCGGCUGCCUGCCUGUGCGGGUCCGCAGCUCCGUUCCACCUCCAGCAGCUUGCAAGAAGCCGUCAUUUUCCCCUUCUGAUCCUCACUUUCAGCGCAGCCGUCUUUCAGGGAGCGAGGGGGCGGCCGCUCUUGAACAUUUUAGCCUAAUAUACAGGUAGUUCAGUAGUUUUUAACGAUAAAGAAACCGAAAUACGCCAGGACAAACAAAAACAUGGGGUUUGAUGUGACUCUCGUGGAUGCUACCGCCAAGAAAGAAUCCAAUGUCUGUCCGCACUGCCACCUGAUUCUGGAUACACCUAUGCAAACAGAAGAAGGCAUCAGGCUCUGCAAAGGGUGUCUCGAGCAAAUAAAGAUCAAGCCCGGAGGAAGAUGCAAUUGCUGCGACGUUACUGUGAAGGAAGGGCAGUACUAUCCAGAUAGAGCAGCCCUGAGAGAAGUGAACGCCAUUCUCGUCCUCUGUCGCCACAAGAAGUUUGGUUGCAGCUGGCAGGGAAGGUUGGAGCUGUACAAGUCUCAUGUUGCAGGGUGUGAAUUUGCAGGAGUGUCUUGUCCAAACGCAGGCUGUCAUGAGAUGGUUCUGGCCAUCCAGCUCCAGUCCCACCUCGCCCAGUGUCUCUAUCGCCUGGUUACCUGCUCUCACUGCCAGGAGAAACUGGUUGCUAAGGACUUAGAGGGCCACCAUUCCUCCAGCUGUCGUAUGUAUCCAGUGGACUGCGAGAGGUGUGGAGAGAAGGUUGUCCAUAGACACCUGCUGAAUCACCAUCUCCAACACAGCUGUAGACUGGAGGAAUGUCUCGUCUGUAACUCUCUGGUCGACAGAAAGACGUCCAAACAUGUGGGAUCCUCUGGAGAUCUCUCUCAUUCUUCCUCAUCUUCCUCUACUGCUACUGAUGACUCCUCAAAAUCCCAAUCUGCGACCCCCUCUGGGGGCCAGGGGGGCAAGAAAUCUGGCCCCCGCUCCAAACAAAAGCAGCAGAGGAAGGGGGAGAAGUCAUCGGCCGUGGCGACGACAGAGGAGAGAGAGGAGGGGCAGGGGGAGGAGGAUGGAGGGUAUCAUUUGGGACAUCCGACGGCUGUGUUCAGACAUGUGCAGACCUUGGCAACCCAGCAGGAGCUGUUGAGGACUGAUAUGGCAUCUCUUUCGCGGACAACAGUGACUCGUCUUACUGAGGCCGCUUCUCGUGAUUCCCAUGGCAACGAAGAGCUGGACGAAGGAGUGAUAAAGCUGAUUGGUCGACUUGAGGACCAGCUGAAGGCAUUCGGACGGCAGAUGGAGACUGAGAGGAAUAAUCGUAUUGCGGUAGAGGAGAGGAUGAACGGACUAACUAAGGAGAGAGAAACCAGCACCCUGAAGGUCAAUACAAGUUGUUAUCUGUCAGGGAGCCUGGACAACACGUGUUUAGAUUUUUUGCGUAAUUUAUGUGGAAAACAUGGAAACAAACCCUACACUUUCACAGAUCAGACAUCAUGCAUUCACAUACAAUUACAUCCAACUACAUCCAACUGUUCAUGGAACUAUACCACACUAAGUGAGGUAUUCUUCAUUUUCAGGCAGGCAGGAAGGUGCCUUGCUAUGCUAGGGAAGUUCCCGGAAAGUUUAGCUAAACUUCAUGAACACCCAUGUAUGUAUGUAUUAUAGACACUAUAGUUAAUAGUGUUGUGCAAUCGCAAAUUAGAACAGCUACUCACAUUCUUUGAUAUCACAACACCAUGUGAUGCUGUGUCAUCAGUGCUUAUUUCGCUCAUAUGACUACUAGUGCUAAAUAGAAUCAUACUAUGCUGGCUGGAGCAUUGGCUGGAGCAGGUGCAUUGCUUGUUAAGUCCAUAUUUGUUCAUAAGUCUGCCUUCUCAUGGACAGAGCUUCUAUUGAAUUCAUUACUGUGAUAUCAUAAAAAACGGAUGUGGGCAUUCUUUUAUGGUCGGUGUGAAUACAGUUAUCUCAACUGUGGUAUCGGAAAGGAUGUGGCUAAGCAAAUUCAGGUUAUGAAUUCAGUUUGCUGAAGCGCAAGACAUGAAUAUCACUAGCAGCUGUGAGGGAACACAAUAAGAUGGAGAAUAUUUACUGCAUACUCUUUGUAAUGUGGUUCCAUAAAUGCGUAACAGUUGAUUAUUUUUGUUUGUCAUUUGUUUUUAGAAUACAGCAAAUAUGUAUAUAUCUCCUGGCCGAUCUCUGCAGGUAAACAUGUCAGAGUUGGAGUUACAGCUCCAAGCCUCUCUCGCCUCAACCCACAACGGAUCGUUCCUAUGGAGAAUACCCGAGGUUGCUAGGAGACGGAGAGACGCCAUCGACGAGAGAAUCACUUCCAUUUACAGCCCACCAUUCUAUAGUGGCCGGUAUGGCUACAAGAUGUGUAUUAGAGCAUAUCUCAAUGGCGUGGAAGUGAUAUAAAACUCAUUUCUCAGUGUUUUUUGUGUUAAUGAGAGGAGAAUUUGAUCCCCUUCUAAAGUGGCCUUUCGAGUACAAGGUUUCUCUCAUCCUUGUGGACCAGGAUCAGCGGAAACACGUCGUGCAGACAUUUAAACCGACGGCCGAGAGCUCUUCGUUCAAGAGACCGACUAGUGAUAUGAACGUUGCCUCAGGCUGCCCGCCAGUUCUCCAAGCUAAACGUAUUAGAUGAUUCAAGUUAUGUAAAGACGAUGUGCUCUAUCUGAAUGUAUCAUUGACACUUCUCGUAUAUUUCAUCCGUAGUGACUGAGUAGUGGACCACCUCCAUCAUCACUUUUACGUUGAUCAAUCACCCUUAUACACUUCAUGUGGGUGAUUAUUGCCCCUUGGUGACAAUAUAUUAUAUGAACCCUUCAGUUGUUGAUAUUGAUAUUAACUUUUUACAUUGCGCAGGCAUUUACAUUUUUGUUUAUGCAUUAAAAAUUAUGAAAGUGCAUUAAAAUUCUGAGACAAGUGGGAU